CGAGUGAUGACGUUUCAAUCCUGCGCCGGUGAACGUCGCCGUUUAUUCAGCAACGUCAACUAAACAGAAGACACUCGCUCAUGUCAACUUUGGUCCUCGCCGGGAGUUAGUAAAUGUUCCUGUUAGCCUCCCAGCUGUGUUCGGUUUUUGAAGCCCACCUCAGCCCGUUGUCAUGACAGACGAGGACGGACACAAGAAUGGCGGCUCUCUGUGGCUCUCUUUGGUGUCGGUCUUGUCCUGUUUGCUCCUCGCUUGCUCUUACGUUGGAAGUUUAUACGUGUGGAGGAACGAACUGCCCCGGGAUCACCCGGCUGUCAUCAAGCGGCGUUUCACCAGCGUGUUGGUGGUUUCGGGCUUGUCGCCGCUAUUUGUGUGGGCAUGGAGGGAAUUGACAGGCAUUAAGAUGGUGCCAUCACUACUUGCGAUCAUGGGGAUCCGCUUCGAAGGCCUUGUACCUGCUGUCGUCUUUCCUCUCCUGCUCACUAUGGUCUUGUUUCUGGGCCCCCUGACGCAGUUGGCCAUGGACUGUCCCUGGAGCCUCACGGACGGCCUGCGGGUAGCCUUUGACCCGUGCUUUUGGAUCCUGUGCUUCAGCGACAUGCGCUGGUUAAGAAACCAGGUGGUGGCGCCGUUAACCGAGGAACUGGUGUUCAGGGCCUGCAUGCUACCCAUGUUGGUGCCCUGCUUCGGCCCGGCCGCCGCCGUCCUCACCUGUCCACUUUUCUUCGGAGUGGCGCACUUCCACCACGUGAUCGAGCUGCUGCGCUUUCGUCAGGGGACGCUGUCGGGGAUUUUCCUCUCGGCGGUCUUCCAGUUCUCCUACACGGCGGUUUUCGGGGCCUACACGGCAUUCAUCUUGCUUAGAACAGGUCACUUGGUGGGUCCGGUGCUAUGCCACUCCUUCUGUAACUACAUGGGCUUCCCUGCCAUCAGUGCGGCCCUGGAGCACCCCCACCGUUCCGCUGUCCUCUCUUCUUACCUCCUGGGCGUUCUCCUCUUCUUCCUUCUCCUCUUCCCGUUCACCGACCCCUCCUUCUACGCUUCCCCAACACCACUAUGUACCCUGGACCCUUUGUCCAGCCCCCUCUGCCUCACCGCUCCUUGAUCCUGGCUAGUCCGUUUCCUAUCUUUUCUGCCCGUUGCCGCAGAGCUCAGGUGCGCCCCCAUUCCGGGACGCGGAGCGGUCGCUAACCACCUUUAGUUUGGUUACCAUUUAUCGAGGUGGACGCCGUCAUUUAUCGGAGAAAAAGACGCGUCGUCAGGGUGCGUUUGUGACCACUACGUUGUUUACUUGCACAAUAAUCCCCAAACGGGAAUAUCAGCGGUGCUUUUGGCAGUGAGAACUUUAAAAAAAAAAAAACAACUCUAUAAGCUAAACUGGUUACUGUGAAGACAAACGAUAACUGCUUGAGCAAUAGAGAAUCAUUUCUUGUUGGCGGCUAUGCGUCAGACUGACACUAGGAGGAGUCAGAGAGCCUUUUUUUUUUUUCUUGCCUCGUGAUGAACGCGAGCACUACCGAGCGCUGUU